AGAGGCCGUGGCGCAGGGGCUUCUCGGGGGGCCAAUGGCGCCGCCUUCGGCUCCUCUUUCCGGGUCGGGACCAGGAGAGGCCAAGGGCGCUCGGAGAAGGGGAAGGAGGCCGAGGGCCCUCAAGUUCGCGGACGUGGCCGUGUACUUCUCCCCGGAGGAGUGGGGGUGCCUGCGGCCCGCGCAGAGGGCCCUGUACCGGGACGUGAUGCGGGAGACCUACGGCCACCUGGGCGCGCUCGGGUGCGCAGGUCCUAAACCAGCCCUCAUCUCCUGGUUGGAACGCAAUACUGAGGACUGGGAACCGGCCGCCUUAGACCCGCAGGACUACCCGAGAGGGCUAAAAACCAGAACCCGAAAGAAGGCAGGGGAGAAGGAAGAAAUCCCACGCAAGGAAGCCCCCCGAAAGGGGAAGCGAGGGCGACGGCCCAGCAAACCCCGGCUUAUCCCCAGACAGACGUCCGGGGGCUCCAUCUGCCCAGACUGUGGCUGCACUUUCCCGGAUCGGCCAGCCCUGGAGAGCCACAAGUGCGCCCAGAAUCUGAAAAAGCCUUAUCCUUGCCCAGACUGUGGUCGCCGCUUCUCCUACCCAUCGCUGCUGGUCAGUCAUCGGCGGGCACACUCGGGCGAGUGCCCCUAUGUCUGUGACCAGUGUGGGAAACGUUUCUCCCAGCGCAAGAACCUGUCCCAGCACCAGGUCAUCCACACCGGCGAGAAGCCCUACCACUGCCCAGACUGCGGCCGCUGCUUCCGCCGGAGCCGCUCCCUGGCCAAUCACCGGACCACGCACACGGGCGAGAAGCCCCACCAGUGUCCGAGCUGCGGCCGCCGCUUCGCCUACCCAUCACUGCUGGCCAUCCACCAGCGCACACAUACGGGUGAAAAGCCCUACACCUGCCUGGAAUGUAACCGCCGCUUCCGCCAGCGCACGGCCCUGGUCAUUCACCAGCGCAUCCACACCGGCGAGAAGCCCUACCCGUGCCCGGACUGUGAGCGCCGCUUCUCGUCAUCCUCACGCCUGGUCAGCCACCGGCGCGUGCAUUCUGGCGAGCGGCCCUAUGCCUGCGAGCACUGUGAGGCCCGCUUUUCGCAGCGCAGCACUCUGCUCCAGCACCAGCUCCUGCACACGGGCGAGAAGCCCUACCCCUGCCCGGACUGCGGACGUGCCUUCCGGCGCAGCGGCUCGCUCGCCAUCCAUCGCAGCACGCACACGGAGGAGAAGCUGCACGCCUGUGAGGACUGCGGCCGCCGCUUCGCCUACCCGUCGCUGCUGGCCAGCCACCGGCGUGUGCACUCGGGCGAGCGGCCCUACGCCUGCGACCUGUGCGCCAAGCGCUUCGCACAGUGGAGCCACCUGGCGCAGCACCAGCUGCUGCACACCGGAGAGAAACCCUUUCCCUGCCUUGACUGUGGCCGGUGCUUCCGCCAGAGGUGGUCCCUGGCCGUGCAUAAGUGCAGCACCAAGGCCCCGGUCUGUAGCCCAAGAUCUGCCCUAGGCGGGCCUGGACAAAGGGACAAUGCCCUGUAGCUGAGGGUGGGGGCACAGAGGGCACCGACUGCCCUGGGUGUGUUUUCCCAUGAGGCCCAGUACUGGAGGAAGAACCCUAGCCGAGGAAGAAGGAGAAGCCGGUUUCCUGUUCCACAAAUGGGAACUUGGGCUGAUCCCGCCACGUGGGCUGCCUUACUGGGUGGGAAGAGGCCCGUUAGGAGAGGUGAGAUCAUGUGCCUGAAGGUCUCCCAGCUGCCCGAUCCUAUAGAGGCUUAUGCGUGUGGGCAUCAUUGCUCCUGG